GGAGACAGUCUGGGUCGAGCAUGCUUUGCGUGGUAUCUUCUGAUAUGUCUUCUAUACUCUUCAGAAUAGGGGUCAAUGUCUUUCCAUGACCUCCAACACUCCAUCAGGAUGAUUCGGAGUUGCGUGCAAGCUGAAAGCUGAGCUUCGAGCGCAGUUGGGGGCGGUCACUAAAGGGCUGCCUCGGCCAGUUGGAUGCGCAAUUGUGGAUUUCAGCCUGGCGUGCUCGGUGCACAAAACCUAGGUUAAUAAAGUUGAAAGGGGAAAAGUUUAAAGAUUUUGUACGAUUCUCUGAGAUGAAGAGUUGGUGGCACCAGCGGGCACGCAGUAGUUGACCGUAGUAGGAGUUCUUCAACAACUUUGUCCAAGUACUUCCGGCCUUCGUACUCCGUAUGUUAUGCUCCCUGUUAGCUUCUGCAGAAUCAAAUGCUACCCUGCCUUAAUCAAUACUCGCGCCGGACGGUCUCACUUUGACUGCGCACGUCCCUACAGCCCUGAGAGACGUACUUGUUCUUGGGACUGUUGAUGCCUGUCCCCUCCGGAGGCCUUUUCCUGGCCCCAGUCUCCGAUCCUUGAGCUACAGCACCGGUACCAGCACUACUCGACUCCUCUAUCGUCCUUUCACCAUACUCCUUCUGCUCCCCUCAGUUUCUCCUCGCCCAUCUAGACAGCAAGCCGAUUUCUCGUGCGACUUUCUAUCCUCUAGGCUCCCACAUUUCUGGGAGCGACGCAGUUCCAUACUUGCAACCUACUUGUCGACCUCGACGAUAGAUUCUCCUGACAAAUCCGUGUCUCGAACUUGACUGUAUCACCUUUCGACCUCCGACAAAUGAAGCCCUUGGCGGCGUCGACUUGGCUUUGCAAUAGACCGUCUACAACCAGCGGACCUUACGAAUGUCUAUGAGAAAAAAUAUCCCCUUUAUCUGUCAGAGCCAGGUGUUUGAGGGUGGGAGGUAACAUCAAAUGGCAGUGAUGGCUGAACCACCUGAUCCUAGGCCGUCUCUGCCUCUCAUCGAACGACAGUCACUAUGUCUCCCCAGCAUCGAGCCCGGCGUGCCGGCCCAAUACGGAGAAGACGGUUUCCUUCAGAACCUUGCGAGGCAUUUCCCGUCCCGCGAGAACAAUGCUCUCGAGAAGUUGGUGCAGCUGAAACGGGAACUCAAGAUGGCGGACACCGAAUCCUUUUGGAAAAAGCUGAUGGAAGGCAUGACGGAGAUUUGCCAUGCGCAAUACGGAUUCGUUGCGAAAAGGAUAUUAUCGGACGACCACCAUUCGGCGGUAGAAAUGCCUCCGUUUGGCGAGUCGGGCUCUUGUCUUCUGGGCGUCGCUUUCUAUUAUAAUGAUGGCGACAAGCAGAAAGCUAUGCACCGUGACUACAAGUAUCUCGCUUGGGGCUCGCCCUGCGCCUACAUGAAGCACGACAAAGUCUUCCUGAUCCCGGAGCACAUGAGUUCGUUCAUCACUCACAACCCCAAUGCUCUUCCCUUCCCAGCAGAAGGCUAUAUUGGAAUUCCCUUGUUUGCAGAUGGCAAGUGUUUUGCCCAUUUUGGCAUGAUGUGGACACAAGAGGGCCUCGAUCGGCGAGAGACUACUUGGAGUUACACCGAACUUCUGCUACAUUCGUUGGAGGACAUGAUCGUCGAGCGUCUUUUGAGCGGCCAGGGAUUUGUGAAGCCUCGGAAUCGAAAUACCAGCACAGCCAGACUGACUCACGUCAUCCCUCGUGAAGCCAUCACCCCUGGAACCCAGUCUCUCAAGCCGUAUGCCAAAAGUCUGUCGCACGAACUAAGGACGCCGAUGCAAGGUGUGGUGGGAAUGCUGGAUGUCAUGCAUGCGACGGUACAGGAACAGAUCGAGGGUGUUUCGGACGCCACUCUCCGCCAAGUUUUUCGGGGUCUGAGAGAGAACAUCGAGAUCAUACAAGACAGCGCUAAACGGGCUGUCGAAGCUGCUGAUAACGUCGUCCAUGCGUACGACAUGAACAUGCAAAUUCCCGACACCCCCUCAAAUGAGAACGAAUCGCCAGCAAAUGUAUCCACUGGCUACUUCGAUUACAAACCAGCGAGACUGAUUGAAGGAAGUGAUAUCCAUUUCAAUUCAUACAAGCGCCGCCGAAGUAGUCCAACGUCCUGGCACUUUGGGAACGCCACCAAGAUACGACAACUUGGACCAACAACUCGCGUCGACGUCUCUCCCAAAAGCAAUGUAGGCAAGUUUCCACCUCCACAAACGAUUCCUUCCGACGAAGGCGUUCCCACGAUCGUCACUUCCGUACCCGAUUCUACGACACCUGGUGAUCUGCACACUCCGUCGACGAAGGUUUCUUCAGCAGAAAGCGACGCGUUCCCAACACCAGGAUUAAAACACUGUCGAAUUCGACAGCUGAUUCCCAUGGUGAUCUACGAGUCUUUGCGCGUUGGAGGCAGACCUGAUUCAGCUAUUGGGGAAAGCACCGACUUGGGUGAAAGAAUUGUGGUCAGAUCACGCUCAUCAAAUGGCCACAUUUCCCAGAAAACCAUUGAAUGGUUAGUGGCUGAAGACGUGCCCGAGACCCUGUUUGCAGAUGAACGAGACUUGACCAAAUUGGUGUCAGCUGUGCUGCUGAACGCCAUCAAAUUCACAGAACAAGGCAGCAUUACUUUGCAUGCCCGACUUUCAAAGACGCAUCGAUUCCUCGUUAUUAAUUGCAAGGACACCGGCGAUGGGAUCCCGGAAGAUUUUCAACCCGAGUUAUUCAAGCCAUUUUCUCGGGAGGACGACUCGUUAACCCGGUCAAAGGAGGGUCUUGGUCUUGGUCUCCUUGUUGCUAAAGGGCUGGCGCGUCGUCUUGGUGGGGAUAUCAUUCUUGUGGCGUCAGACAUUUCUGGCCCAUACAAGGGUUCCGAAUUCGAGAUCAAGGUGCCUUUUGAGCCCAACGAGAUUACGGCAAGUCGUUCUGGUACCCCUAGUAGCAGGACCCCGGAGGGAUCGAAAAGCGCCUCUCAGCCGGUGGCCACGUUAGCUCCUCCGGAUCUAUCACCCAAGGGCCACAAACAUUCGAGACCCUCAAAGAUUUCCAUGCCAUCUACCGACGACUACCGAUCCCGUGGACCGCGAACACCGGUGCAGACUAGUCCGCUGAAGAAGGACACGUACGAUCGGUACCUAGCACAGAAGCAUCCUCUUACAUUUUUAGUUGCGGAAGAUAAUAAAAUCAACCGAAAGCUACUCGUGAACAUGCUCGGAAAGCUGGGGUACAAGGAUGUACAUGAAGCCUUUGACGGGAAGGAGGCCGUCAGAAUCAUGCGCGAAAUACACAGCAGGGGAAGAAAUUGCAGCAAAUCGAACGGGAAACGAUCCGCAAAAAAGGUGGACGUCGUCUUGAUGGACCUCUGGAUGCCCGAAAUGGAUGGCUAUCAGGCGACCGAGCAUAUAUUGGAGAUGUUCCAGCAUCCUCAAGGCGAAGAUGAAUCCGACUGUGGGCGCGCGACCCCUCCCAUUGUCCUAGCUGUCAGCGCUGAUGUCACUGACGAGGCCAUCGACCGGGCCACCAAGACGGGGAUGGAAGGAUUCAUGACAAAGCCAUACAAACUGGCAGACUUACAGAAAUUGAUUGUUGAAUUCUGCGUCCGAAGCGAUGGCGUUGUUCCUGCCCCCGGUUGAUACAGAGGAUUCUCAAAAAGGAGAAAGCCAGAUCUUCCCUGGGUGGUGGUUGAUUCGUGCCUUCUAUGGUCUUGUAUAUACUUAAACAGAUACUUUAUAUGUCACGAUACACAUGACGAGAUGGUUAGAACAAUGAUACCCAUUCAUGAUGAA